GAGAAAAGAAAAAAAAAAGCAGAAGAGGGAAAAAAAAAGUAUUUGAAUUCUAAAUCUUGGACUGUUUUUUUUUGUUGUUGUUGUUUUCAUUUCGGGGCUAUUUCGACUAUGCCUUUCUUAGGACAGGAUUGGAGAUCGCCUGGGCAGAGCUGGGUUAAAACUGACGACGGCUGGAAGAAAACCUCAGACGAGACAAAUAACAAUGUUGCUGAAUUGGAGAGUUACUGCAAAGACGAGGAAUUUUACAAAGAAAACCUCUUCCUUGCUAUGAAUUGUGACGUGGCCGCAAAGAAGAGGAAGAAAGACCUCCUGAACAACAACACCAAGAUUCCUUAUUUCUAUCGGGAUAAAUGGAUACAUGUUCAUAAAGGAAGUACAAAAGAGCGCCAUGGCUACUGUACUCUGGGAGAAGCCUUCAACCGGCUGGACUUUUCCAGCGCAAUCAUGGAUUCCAGACGAUUUAAUUAUGUGGUGAGGCUGCUGGAGUUGAUUGCGAAAUCCCAGCUGACGUCACUGAGCGGAGUUGCUCAGAAGAACUACAUGAACAUUCUGGAGAAAGUCGUGCAGAAAGUGCUGGAAGAUCAGCAGAACAUCCGAUCUAUCAAGGACUUGCUGCAGACGCUGUACAUGUCCCUGUGUAGCCUGGUGCAGGACAUGGGCAAGUCGGUGCUUGUGGGAAACAUCAACAUCUGGGUCCAUCGCAUGGAAAACAUCCUUCACUGGCAGCAGCAGCUCAACAACAUACAGAUUACCAGGCCAUCUUUGAACGGCAUGACUCUGACGGACCUCCCCACGUGCCUGCAACUGAACAUCAUGCAGCGGCUCUCUGACGGCAGAGACUUGGUGAGCCUGGGCCAGGUGUGUCCGGAGCUGAAUGUACUGAGCGAGGACCGGCUGCUGUGGAAGAAGCUGUGCCACUACCACUUUUCCGACCGCCAGAUCCGAAAACGUUUGAUAAUGUCUGAUAAGGGCCACCUAGACUGGAAGAAGAUGUAUUUCAAGCUGUCGAGGUGCUACCCCCGCAAGGAGCAGUACAGCGACACCCUGCAGUUCUGCACACACUGCCACAUCCUCUUCUGGAAGGACACAAACCACCCCUGCAUAGCCUACAACACGGAAAGCUGCUGCAUUCCUGUCUCUCCACAGGGUUUUAUCAAUCUUUUCAAAUACUGAGGACUCUUGUCUGCUGAGCUUUAAACACUGAAUUGUACAUAUGUUCAUACGCAGUCCGGUCUUCUGGAUGUCUUGAGAUGGGACUAGCCGUAUAGUGACUGGUUUUGGACUCCGAAAGUGUCAAGAAGAAUGUGCGGAGAAUGUGUGACAAAGUGAGUCGCUGAGCUAUUUUGUAAGAGGAAUUUGGACAUAUAAAAGGCUGGACAGCUACAAAGGAUUCUUCAGUGAGCUGGUUGUAAUAACCUGCUUAUCCAUUUACAUUGCACUCCUCGUAUGAAAGCACAACACUAUACACAAUUCACAACGUGCUGUUUUGCUUUCUUGAUGCAAGAAUUGCAGGUGUUUUUUUUUUUUGUAACUUUUAUAACUAUCAAGCCAGUUUAGCUUUAGCUUUAGAGUAGUUGGAUUUUUUUUUUCAGUAAAAAUAUCUUCAAGUGGGAAUUCCUACCAAUAUCUGAAGCUAUUUUACAGCAAGAGGAAAUGUAGCUAGUAAAACAAGAUUAUAUAGCUUAAUAUUGGGAAAACUUGUAUCUCCAGUUUUUUGGCUGUGUAAUUUAAAUAUGGUCCACUGACAUGGCAGGUUCACUAAACUGUUCUCAACAGAGCUGUAAGGUUUGGAAAUAAUCUAAGUUCUGACCAAAUGAAAGCUCCCUCUGAUCUUCACUAAUGUGUUGUCAGAAACGCUAGCUGGGGUCAGUCUGGCACAUUUUGCACUUUUCUUUGAACUGUGCAAUAAAGACGAAGGAAAAGCUUGAAAUGCGCAGAUUUGUAUUGGAGUACAUAAGGAUUUGUUUCUGAGCGUGUAUAUAUAAAGCUAUAUUUUUAUGUAAAUGAUUUUUUCACUUUUUUAUACAUUUGAUAUUUGCUUAUGUUUUUUCCUGUUCCCCCUAAGGACUUGAUUAUAUCCCCUAAGGAUAUAGAUUUGUAUUUGUGUGCUGCAUUUUUGAUUGCAAUAUUGUAUUGAAUAGAAACUACAUCAUUAAAAUAUUUUACACCUCUAAGAAAAGCUGCAGUGUAGGUAUUGACUGAAAAUGCUGGGUUUUGUCUUUGUUUUAGGUGCUUCUGAAUUGUUUACUAAUUGAAACAGAACAGAAACCGCAGUCAUUUAAAAGCAUUUUUAUAGCAAGGUCUAGUGAUGGGUUAAGAUGGACACUAAAAGAAGAAAGCAUUAGUGGGGAAAACUACUCAAAUUUAUUUAUUAAGAAAUUUCAAUAUACAGUAUAUAGUCUAUUGAAAAUUGGCUAUGUAAUAUUAAGAUUUAAUUUUGAGACUUCAUUGUGAAACAAAACUUGAUUCAUGAGAAGCAGUAGCAUUUUCAGGAGUGCUGCAACUAGAGUUAAAUCAAAGAUGGUAUUAAAAAAAAAUGCAGAAAUGUGAAAAUUCUAAAUAGUCUUUAAUGUUUAAUUUUUCAGCAUUCAUUUUUUGUUUUUCUUCACCCAGCUUCAGAUGUUUUAUAUAGUCCUUAUGACUUGAGAGCGAUUUAAAGAUGAUUAAAACACAGUUCAAGCAGCAGAUUUACAAAACCUGAUCAGGGACACUGCUCAUCGAUUUGCCACGGGUGUGCCAAUAUCUGUAAUUUUAAAAUGUUUUUUUUUUUUCAACGCACUGCUGCAUGACGCUAUUAAAUAUUUUUUUAAAGCAUUUUUUGUUUCUCAGAGCUGACCAGUACACUUUGGGAGGUUUUUCCCUGUUGAAAAGAAGGCUUUUCAGUGCCAGCAAUGAUUCUCACCUACAUUGUGUCUUGUUUCACUGGCUCCUGCUGGAUGAAUGACCACUGUACAUGUAUGUGUGAUGCUAGACCACCACACUUUUGCUGUGAGGUGGCAAAGUGUUUUCCUUACUAAAUAAAUUACUGAAACACUGCUGCA